CACAACACACUUUGAACUGCACAAUCUCAAUUCAUGCCACAAUCGACAGCACACUCACCGAUUUAUGCGUUGAUCACUCGGAGGUAGACAAGUAUCAUUUCUACUGUCUUUCAUUGUAAAGAUAGUGAAGUUUGUUUUGAGAGGAUUCAGAGAGGUAUUACCAAGCUAAUUGACCAAGGCAGAAGUUCUAGAAGCCCAUGCAAUAGCAUUUUUGUGGCUCACUUCCCGAAGCCCAAGCAAUGCACAGGAAAGCAAUAGUACGGGACAUCGCAAGAUUAAAGGUGAGUCGUUGGCGUAUCAAAUUUCCGAAAGUAUCCGCUCCGCAGAAUUAUGAUAGAACUUCCACUCAUGGAAGCAUCUCAACACCAGUAGCGAGCACACGGAGCGAACACGAUUCAAGCUGAGUGCGGGUUCUUCUUAACAUACAAAGAUCAAGGAGACAAGCUUGAACAACCAAGAGCAUCUCAAACCUGCAAAACAUCUUACCGAAGGAUCGAUAUUAAAGUCGCCUGCACACAGUUGCUCAUGAAAUUUUUCCCCUGGAGCCGCCAUAUGAAAUGUCGAGCAUUAAGAAACCGGGAAAAAGCAGAACUGACAUCUCUGAGACGGGGGCCCUUGUCAAAUUGCAAACGACGGCAUGUAGUCAGAUCUCCCCAGUGAUGUAGAGAGCUUGAAGUGGAUGAGAAUCAACAACAGAUCGCAGCCUCGCUGGGAGCUUCAUCAGGUGGCGCCGAAGCAAUCGCAUGAGCAUCGCAGCCGCAGCCACGAGUGGAGAGAUAGAGAACGAGCGGCGCAUCUUCGAAGAGUGUCGAAGAGACAGUUAAGUUUCGGGAGUUGAGAAGGGAGGUGGAGGGAGACGUCUAGUGGAGGUUUGGAAGGAGGUGUGGGAACCGAGAGAGCAGCUGGCAGGUGCGGGCAAGAUGCAGCGGUCCGGUUCGGUUAGUAGGUCCGGCUUGGAGCAGUUCGUGUAAUGAGGCCUUUGUCUUGGAGCGCUGAAUCAAGGCGUUCCCCCUCCCCCCUCUUCUGCUUUCUGUUUGACUUCGAUCCUUGUCUUUACGGGGACGAUCCAUGCUCCUCUAUUGCAAGCUUCUCUGGAGUGAUUGCACGUCUCGGUGGAGGGAAAGAUUUGGAGUGAAGCGAAACAUCUCUAACUUGGCCGGGCUCUUUAUGAUUUGUUUGGGUCUUGGCUCGGCUGUGAUGAUGAAACUUAGUUGCUGUUCGGUCGAGGCCGAGCCUUGAUUUUGUGGUGACGUUAGGAAGUAAAUUACAAAAUCAGACGAGCUCUCGGCUUUGCAGUUUUCUCCCUCGUACAAAUCUGUUUUUAGAAGGAAUGUGAAAUACGAGCAGUUGUCUCGAAAUUCUUUUAUCUCUGUGCCUCUUUAGGAUUGGUAUGUUCCGUACUCCUGAAACACGAGUGGAGUGGUUCUUAUUAUGGCGUAUUUUAAAAAAUAAAUAAUUAGGCGCUCUAUGGGAAACUUCAUUGUUUCAGUUUACCCUGGCUCCCCAUGCUUGCCCUGUGAAGAAGUGCCUUUAUGACCGAGUUGUAACUUUCAGCGACUUAAAACAAUGUCGAUGGUGUAGGUGGCUAUUUUUCUUUACAUCAGCGUAUUUUCGCUGUAUGUUAUUGAGGCAGCAUUCGAGCACAGUUCCAGACCUUUGAAUAUACUGCAGAAAUGUUUGAGAUGGAAGCCUUCAUUUCUUCUACCUGUAUUUUGCCAGAAUGCAUUGCUGUGUGAUCAACCGCUUGGAGUUCCUGCACUUGACUCUCUCCUUCCUGUUAUAUUCGGAAUAUGUGCUUAGAAAUGUCGACUAAUUUACGGAGUUUUCUGCUCUUUGGCAUUUUGGAGAGAGUGACUCGUGGCGAGCGCUCCGUGUUUUACUAUCAGUUUAAAACAAUCUCCGCCCCAUACCCGUGAAUGCAUGCACCAUGCUUUCAGUAAAUAGUCUACUUCAGAUGCAUUACGAGCUGUCCUGGUGAUAUGGAGAAAGUAAGGGGCUCAAAGACUCUCAACGAAGACCUCAGUAGUGCUGCAACUGAAGCUGAAGGCUUUCAAUCAAGCAGUUUGAGGUCAGUUGGCCGCAUUGUCAGCCAAGACAUUAUCAGUGGAUCAUCUUUCAUAGGCCUUGAAGCAGCACUGCCAUCUGGUAGUUCACCGCAUGCAUUACCCGGGGUUGUGACGGAGAAAACUGCUGCACGUCAAAUAUCGUCUGAAGUCAAAAUACAUCCUGAAGAUUCACCUGAAAUGCUUUCAAGAGUAACAGCUCAUGAUCAUGACAAAUAUCACUUGCGCGGUAACCUUGAAGCUCCUAAAUCAUCAAAAUUUUCAGGAGAUCAGAUGGACAGAGAGAUGCUGCUCACUGAGGACAGCAGACUUGAUGGUUAUAACGCAGUAACUUCAUCGGGAUACCCAGAAAAUCAGCGGAAGGGAAUUAUCAGGAUUGAUUCCCAGAGACUGAGUGCUGAAGAUGGUGAAAUGAACACAAUAGAAGAUGGAAACUCUUCAGGACAUCUGAGUUCUUCUAGUAAGGGUUCUCCCAAUUCGAAUUUAUCAGAAAUCGAGCAAAGAGAUUGUGAAAUAAAAAGAUCCAAGCAAGCGAAAGGGAAGAUUUGCAGUGAAGCUGAAAAAGAGCUCAGCUCACAGCCAAGUGCAAAAGUCGUAAACACGAAAGUUACCGAUUCGCCACCCCUAGAAGGCUUGCAGGGUAUGAGGUCUGACAGAAAGGUGCACGAACCUUUAAAUACCUUCAUCCGCCAAACAGUUGACCGGGAACCAAAUUUGUCCUUAUCCAGUACAUCUGGUGACCAGCCUCCUCAAAGGUUAGCAGAACAUCUGGCUACGAACAAGUACGUCAAAAGCUUGAAAGUCGACUUUGAAAAUCUGGAAGAGAACGCGAUUGUAAAUUCUUACCAAGUUGAUAUAGAAAUAGACACCUCUGGAACAAACGGGGGUGGCGAUCUCCCACAUCGAAACUUACAAACAGUUAAAAACACUGUUCCACAAACUUUGGCUGCUUUUUCAGCUGGAGUAGCCAAAAAUCCAGGGAAACAGAACCUGGGAACUGAUUCACCAGGAUGUUCUUUAUUACCACCGUCAAAAGUGCAACUGCAAAAAUGUGAAAAAUGUUCUCGGGAGUUUUUCUCCCCCUUCAAUCAUCGGCGGCACACCCGCACACAUCGGCGAAUCUCCCAGAUUGAAAAGGAAGAUCUUACUGUAAAAAGGAAAAAUGUUGCUGCGUUCUGGGAUAAGCUGAAUCAAAUGGAGGCGUACCAGAUCUUCGCUUCCACGAGAGAAUUUGUUUCGGAGGAUCUGUCGGGGGAAGCAGUUAUGAGCAACUUGAUUGCUUUAAAGAGGCAGAAUAAUUUAACCACUCUUCCACCAGCAUAUUUGAAAGCGGGACAAGAUCUUCUUGACAUGUUAAACAACGAGAAGAGCGAUGAAUUGCCUUUGUUUUCAUCACAAGUUCUGUCCGCACUGGAUGAUGCCAGUGAAAAGACAUUCUUAUGCUCCCAACGUGAUGUAAGCAAGAUUGGAAUAGAAGAGAAGAACCUGGUAGCUUUACUAGGUUUUAUUGUUGAGCAGGCUCUGGUGAAGGCUUGGAUGGCGGACAAAGAUGCUGAAGCAUUACGCAUUCAACAGGAGCUGGUGAAAGAAGAGGAGGCUGCACAGAGGAAACGAGAAAGGAAUGUAGCAAAGAAAAAGAAGAAGAAGGAGAAAUCUCGACAGAAGGGAUUGAAAGACCGUAAAGCUGGUGCUAUUUAUUUGGCCCUCAGUGAAGAGAAUGAGUCAGGGGAUGAUGAGAAUCCUUCUGAGAUUGUUGAAGAAAUCAAUUCCCCUACUGCCAGUUCAGCUUCUGUGAACUCUUCGGGGCUGGAGAAUAUAUUGGUAGAGUCUUUUGAAAUGGAGGUCAAUCGCCAGGUUCAAAAUGUCGAUAAGAGAGAUCACAAUGUUGGUUGCGAAGAUGCAAAUCUACUCAAGGAAAACGGCAUGCACUUCAUGCGUGUGAUAUGUAGAGAGGAUGCGCCAGAUUCUGUCGACGAAGAUCAAAUGCCACAGAGUGAAUGCGAUCUGGUUUCCAAUGGCGAGGAGGGAGAGCGAUGUUCCAAUUUCCCAACUUCCAGCCAAGUCAAGGAGGAGGGUGAAGGAGGGGUGAGUGGUACAUCAGAGCAGGUCCGAAGUGCUGUUGCGUCUCGCAAGCGCUCACAACUGAGGCCUUACAAAGACCCCCUAAGGGUGGGUUACCAGGACUCUUAUCGAAGAGGUAGUUGGGUCUGCGAUUCAAGGUUCCAGGAAGGAGCACAACAAAGUUCUUACAGAACAUCACGAAAGUCCUUGAUUGGAUCACCGUUCACGUCGAAUAACGAACGCGGUAGCAACCCUGUUCUUGGCUGUUACCGUGGCAAACCUGCGAGUCUCAGAGGAAUUGCACCCUUUCCAGCGACCCAGCAGUGGGCUAAGAAGGCACAAACACAUCCGGUAGUGGAUCACGUAAAAGUUGCAAAUCCUCCGGAUCAAGAUAUUUUUGCAAGCAAAAUUACGAAGGAAUUAGUCCGAGAACACACAACACUAGCACGCGAAAUAGAUGCUGAUACCACUGGCAGCAGUAGCAGAGUCGAAAAUGAGGAAUUCAGAAGUUUUGGAACGAAAGAAGCUUUGUCUGGUUCAGUUCCAUCGGUUGCAGAGGUGGUAGCUGGCACUGGAGGCCAGCGCAGCAUUCCAACAUCAUUUAGCCUUGACGCAAAUUCUGAAGAUUGGCCACCCCUUACCGAUUCGCAUUCUGCUUAUUACUCAAAGAGUGGCGUAAUGUACACUUUGGCUUCCUAUCCGUGUGAAUUGAACUCAAGUUCCGUGAAACAUUCAAACAGUGACAGAGGGGGAUGCUACCAGAUUGGGUUCGAACCCAGGGCCGAAGGCUUGAUUGUGACGGAUACACCUCCUGUAAGAGGUCCAGUCAACAAUAAUGCGACUGAAUCAGCAAAUGCAGGCCUUCAGAAAGGUAUUAUGAUUGGUUCGGUUUCUGUACCUCUUGGUGAUUACAUGCAUGCUUCCUGGGGAAGCGCUAGCUCCAAGAUUGGUACUUCACCGACGCAUCAGUCAUAUACUGCUGUACUUGCAGCUCCUCCGGUCCAAUACAUUCGGGACCCAAUAGCUGGACAACAGAUGGCGCAUGAAGGGAUAAGCCGAUUUGAAUAUGAGAAAUCCUCGAACUUGCAAGUAGUGGAUCCUUACCGAAGUUCAGCAAAUUACAGCGCUUUGUCUCUAAGAUCGACACCUUCUAUGAAUCAUAAUAUAAAGCAUGUGAGAGGACCCAUUUAUUCUCUUGGGGAUCGAGGAGAGCGUGGGGUUCUCAAUAAGCAGACUUCAUGGUCAGGUGGACCAGUGCGUCACCUGCCUCAAAAAGUUUGGAGACCUAUCCGAUCGACAAUUGAAAAUUCUGAUCGAGGCGGUGGAAGUGGAAAUGGAAGCUGCUCAGUUAGUACAGAUGGGAAAGUAAUUGCGGAGCAUUUUGGCGCUGCACAUAGCGCAGUUGUGGUGAUAGAUCGGGCUGAAGGUAUGCACGAUAAAGGCAUGAAUUUAAGCGGUGAUGAGAAAGAAUCAGCUUCAGCCACUGACAUUGAAGAGACAGUUAAAGAGGACACAAAUGUCUUGGAUGCUUCGCAGAAUGUCUCGAAUUGUGAAUAUGUGCCUUCUAACAAUGAGCAUGUUCAAUAUCAGCAAAAAACAAGUCAAAAUUCUUCUCUGAUAAUAGUUGCCAGUGAAAACGUCUAUCGGCCUUCAACGGAGCAAGACACCAAGUGUCUCCAAGCUAAGAAUGCUAUUGCUUUGAUGAUGGAUGAUAACGUUCAUGUGGACACCACCCUCGAUCAUCCUACUUGGAUCGCUGAAGCCGAAGAAUUCCAUAUGAGCAGAUGGAAUUCAUCAUUUACAGAUCCAGAGACAGUUGUGCACACAUGUGAGGACGAACACCCUGAGCUACAAACAACCACAUGGAUUGAGUUCAUCGACAGCCUACCGUCCAUGGCUACAAGAUCAAAUCCCUGGGAAGAGGAUUUUCAUGACCCAAAUGACUUUUCUACUAGCAAAGAACUUCAAGACUCUUGCUUUGAGAAUGAAUCACCAUGCGGUGUUGAUUCCACAGCGGUAGGUUCUGUAUUAGGGUCUGUGAACAAACAAGAAACAGCCGUCAGUGAAGUGCGAAGUGGGUCAAGGUAUGGGAGUAGUUAUAGCGAUAGUAGUAUUAGUAGUAAUAGUCGGCGCGAGAUACGACAUCCGGCAGGUACAGGGAUUUCUAUACCUGAGAUGCCGACUGAGCAGAGGUACAUGCCCAAGCAAGGUCAUCAAGAAGAAAAGAUCAGGUGCUGAUAGUCUCUAAUUCUGUGAGGAGAGCUAGUUUUGAUCGACGAGUCUAUGUUAUUUUGGGCUUCAGAAAGUUCUACUGUCGAUCUACAGCUUGACUGGCAGUGGGCUAGAGUCCCAAUUUUUCGCGUGGGUCUUCACGGUUGCAAUAGCCUAUUGUGCAAUUGACCUUAAAUCUUCACAACACUACAUGAUCCCGGCCUGAAGUUAUGGGCUGUAUCAUCAGUAACAUUGCCCGAGCCUGUUACUUGUCUGUGACUUUCCGUUUGUCGACAGGGAUCUCAGGCAUCAUUCGUCCGCCACCAAUUGACAGCAUCCACUACCAACACAAACCGUCCCCAAGUAUGAUCCUCGUACUCUUGGACGACAUCGCCCGUUAAUGAAUCAGCAUCUGGCUUGAAUUCCGUCACGCAGGCGUCUCAGACAUAUAGAUGACUUAUCUAUGAGUGAUGAUUGUCCACACAUAGCAAUUUUGCAUGUUCACCAGCUUCCGCUUAUAGAUUGACCUGUACAACUGUGGAAUUUGUACACAAGAAGGGAAACAAGAUAGAACCAGAGAAAAGCUAUGAGGAAAUAUUAGAUUUACUGUAACUAAACCAAGACACUAUGGUGUACAGCACAUGUACAGAUCUGUGUAAACAACUACUUGCAAAGUCUUCCUGAAUGCAUAUUUCUUAGAAUUAUUAUUUCAA